AAAAAGUUUUUGCCCGUCAAUGAGGUUGUUUGACCCGCAAAUAUUAUUUUGCGAAGUUAUUUCAUGCAAAUUAACUUUUGUAAAGAAAAUAAUUUUAAUUUUGCAAUUACUAAGUCCUCCUAUUAAAGCUAUUCGAUUGAAAAGUCGCCAUUUGGUGCAAGCGUUUCAUGUCGCAAAACAUUGCAAAUGGCGACGGAGGAGGACAUCGACACUCUCAAACUAUAUUGGGAUCACUUCUUCAAAGCGGAGACUGGUACUUAUGAGAAAUCGACGUGGCUAGACUUGUUUCUAGCCGAGUUCCUGAUCCGCGUCAAUGAUGGUGCCAACCCUAAGGAAUUGAUCAAGUUCUGUCCUGUAAGCGGGGUGGUGACGCUGGUUGGGUGCGAGCUGCUGUGCGGCAUCCACCGCGUGACGUCAUCCAUCAACACGCACUACUCCGUGCCACUGCCGAUACUCGACACAGCCGCGUCUGCGCCCGUUGCCCACAACAUCCAGAUACAUAAUGAAGGAAACGGUGAUAAUGCCAGCAUAGAACAAAGGCCUGACGAGCAGAAGGCAGGUCUCACCAGUUUGUUCACUCGCACCAACACGCAGUCUUCAGAACAGAUCCUAAGGAAGUACCUGCUUGGGGGCGUGGCCUGGCGGUGCCUCGUGCUGCUCAAAGCUUUGGGAGUUGAGGGGCUGUCGUGUUGCCGGCAGCUGAGCUCCGUGCUGAUCUGGUUGUUCGGUGAGCUCAGUGGCGCCACCACCAGCUCGGGCAGUGAGGCGGUACUGUCCCCCGCCACGCCGCGCACUCCUAUACACCAACUCUUCUCACAUAAAAUAUGGUCAAAACAAAAGCCUACGGGCGGGCAGACGUCCAAGAUGCAGUCUACGCCCGCAUCGGACAGAGGUUCCGUUACUGGCAGAUCACGGCACUCGAUGCAACCCAAAUUAGAUUCACUCGAACGAACGAAGAAAAGACUGUCCAAGCAAACAGACCAGUCCUCCGAGUCGGGGGACUCCAACGACGACCUGCAGAUCCUGAACCGCUCUCUAACCAUCAAAGUAGUCACGCCCAACGACGACUUCGAGUACUUCAACAGCACGCGCUCCUCCAACGAGUACCCCAACGACUCCUACUACGAUCCGUACUACACGCCGCGCAAACCCAAGCCCAAAGCGGAAGACUACAUCAACGAUAAACAUAGGGAAAUCAUCAACUUGGAGAUCUCAACAUUCCAGUUUACUUUAAUUAUAACAGAUCUACUACAAGAGCUAUGUAAAGCAGAAAGUAGUUUGUCCGGAUCUGAAGGAUCACAAAUCUCAAUGCAGUGCAUUAAUUUUUCCCUGCGUAACCUGUGCUCGUUACAGUUUAGCUCACUGCCACAGCAACAAGAUAAUGCUGUAGAAGUGUCCAGAAUUAAGGUGGCCCUGACAGAACUACUGAUGGUGUCACUAGACCAAGUGCUCAUCCACUCCGACCUCUGUGCCAAAUUAAUCAACAACGGUAUCCUGCCGAUGUUGCUUCGAAUACUAGAGGACGUCAUCUCGAAACGUAGACAAAAUAAACUCGAAUCCCAGAAUCGUAAAGAGGAUAAGACUGAAUCUGACAAUUUGCUCAACUUUGUAUUUGGAAUCGCGUAUUCAAUAACCGCGUUCUUCCACUGCCUGCUGAUGCAGUGCCGCAGCGUGGACAAGCUGCGGGAGUUCACGGAGCAGUUCAAGCUGUACGGGGAGUGCCUCAAGGGCGGGCUGCUCAAGGAGUGCAUCGAGCUGAUGAUCCGCAUCCCGGCGACGGGGGACGAGGCCGUGGUGCUGAUCAAGAAGCUGAUCGAGACGGUGGGCAAGCUGGUGGUGGGCAUGAAGCGCGUGCGCAGCGAGGUGCUGCACUCGGCGGCGUGCACGCGCGCGCGCCACAAGGCGUGCCGCGCGCGCGUGGCGGCCGGCCUGCACCACCACCACGCCGUGCUGGGCGACGCCAGCUGCGGCCUGCCGCUGCCCGCCGCCUGCUGCGUGGCCCUGCUCUACGCCACGCUCAGCGCGCUGCUGGCCGACGACGAGGUGGCCGCGCGCCCCGCGCUGCGCUCCAAGCUCCUCAAGGUCAUGCUCAGCUGCGGCGUCUGCUGCUGCUUCUCCCCCGGCCUGCUCAUGGAGAGCAUCGUGCGCCUCAUGCUCACCCACGCCAGCGCCGCGACGCUGUGUCUGCAGCUGCUGGAGCACACCGUGUACGGGGAGCUGGGCGCCAGCAUCCUGCUGCCCAAGGUCACGGACCAGCUGCCGUGCUCCAUCUGCGAGCCCUGCGACGACAAGAAGGAGGUGAGCAGAAAGCAGUGCUCGCACGGCAUCAGCCCCAUCGACCGGAAGAGCGUGUGGUCGUUCCUGUACCACUACAACUCCCUGCUGCAGCUGGACAACGACAACAACGUGCUGCACGCCACCGUCAGCCACCUGCUGCGGGUCACGCCCAAGUGUCGCAUGGAGAUGAAGUCCGAGCUGCUGUUCAGCGUCAUAUACCCGACCUUCAUCGUAGCCAAGCACAGAUAUAUGAUACGCAUGGAAGAGUCGGCCUACUUCCUUACCGUGUCCUGCCUGAACAUAUUCGCCAGUUUGCUGAACACCGUGUCGUUCGCGGAGCAGUUUAUUCAAAAAGGCGGCCUCAGUUACGUGCUGGAACUAGUUUCGCUCUCUGAAUUCUCGGACCAGUGUUGUUCUAUACUAGAGAUAGCGAUAAUCGUGGAAGUGUUCAAGCUAAUGAAGGAGAACUCGGAGCUGUCGUACUUCAGGGAGAUGGGCUCGCUGGCCUCGGUGCAGAUGUUGUUCAAGUCGCUGACGGAGGUGACGGACAGGUGUUACAAGAUAUACAGGCUGCAGCUGCCGGAGGAGCAGUUCCGGGAGCUGUGCGACGUGAGCAAGGAGCGGGACAUGCUGGCGCUGGUGCAGCCGGCGGAGCCCCGCGCCACGCGGCACGCGGCGGCGGGCGCGGGCGCGGCGGAGCCGGCGGAGGGCGCCGCGGAGACGCUGAAGCGCGCGUGCACGUUCUGGAAGACGUGCGCGGCGCUGUGCGCGCACAGCCCCCUGUUCCGCGAGCACGUGCUGGGCGAGGCGGCGCUGCUGGACAGCUACGCGCUGCUCAAGCUGCUGCUGCAGGCGCUGUGCGCGCGCGCCGCGCCGCCGCACCUGCUGCGUCUGCUCGUGCGACUCGUCGAGGCGCUGCUCACCAUGCAGCUGGCGCUCUCAGGUCAUUAUACUACUUACUUUUUUUUUUAUGUAUUAUAUCGGCAAUUGAGCCAGCGGCUUACCUGA